UGUAUCCCUCUGUUGAAUCCACCCAGAAAGCAGAGCUCCUAGCAUACGUUCCUCAAAAACUGGGAGUUCACAGUGUUCACAAAUCAAGGAACAGAACUCAAAAGGAGAAAAACCAGGCCAGAUUCGAAUAAGUAGCCCCCAGGUAGGCAGCAAGCACCCCAGGCAGUGUGUGACUCCUUUUCUUUUCUUCCACAAGGUUGGCUUGGAGAAUUUUUGAGUGUAUGUAAGGUUCAGCUAUGGCUGGUGACUGGCCAGUGGUGCCUGACUUGGGGACCACUAUGCACAGGUGGAUGGAUGGAGAUCAGAGGCCCUGCAGGGUUAAUGGCCUUUGUGUGGGCGGGAGAAGAAAGUGGGGAACUGGGCGUGCACUGGACUUGGGGUACGCUCCAUUCCACUUUCCGCGCAGCUGACUGAGGACAGAAACAUAGAAACUUAGGUCGGGAGGAGUUUCCAGGAAACGAAAGCGAAAGAGGCCAAGUAACUUUCCUCAGGCUGGGGACAGUCGCGGCGGCCAUCGGGGCAGGAUGGCAGCGCGCGGUCCCUUCCCGCUGCUGGUCGAGGGGUCUUGGGGCCCCGAUCCCCCGAAGAACACGAGCGUCAAGCUGCAGAUGUACUUCCAGAGCCGGAAGAGAUCCGGCGGCGGCGAGUGCGAGGUCCGUCCGGACCCGGGGAACCCGGCGCGCUUCCUGGUGCUCUUCUUCCCGGAGGACGUUCGACAGAAUGUCUUGGAGAGAGAGAAUCAUGAGUUAGUGUGGCCAGAAAAAGGAACAUUCAAGUUAACUGUCCGGUUGCCUCCAGACCAAGAUGAAGCCUCAGUCUCUAAGGAGAAAAUGCCAACAAAAGAGUUCAAGACAAAAGAAGAUGUUCAAGAACCAGGUAAAGUCUCAGAUUUAUCAGAACUGGAUAUGAAAGAUUCUCCCAGUGAUCAAUCCAAAAACGUGGAGAAUAUCCCAAGAGAAUGUGAAAACAUUCCCUCUAUGGUGGCAUUUGAAAAUCUGCAGGCCAAAGUGACUGACACGGUGUUAACCAUCUUGGUGGAGAAUAUAACUGGUCUCUCCAGUGACGACUUUAAGUUGGAGAUAAUCCGGGAUUUUGCCAUUGCCGUGGUUACCUUUCAGAAGCCUAUAGAUGUUGAAAAAUUUGUUUUUGAUUGUAUCAGUCACCAUUCAAAUAAACAACUCCAGCUUGCACCGAGACUCCUGGAAAUGACCAAAACAAUCAGGGUGGAAAACUUGCCACCUGGUGUUGAUGGCUACCACUUACAACUUUUCUUUGAAAGCCCUUUCAAUGGAGGAGGAAGAGUUGCCAAAGUCGAAUGCUUUCCUGAAGAGAGUUCAGCACUGGUUGAGUUCUGUGACAGGAAAGUGUUAGACACCAUCAUGACCAAGAAACACAAGUUCAACAAGAUGCCCCUGUCCAUCUUCCCCUACUACCCAUCUUUGGGCACAGCCUUAUAUGGUGAGGAGAAACCUCUGAUCAAGCUCCCAACAUCAUUCCAGGAGUCACUGGAUCCUCCCUUAUGGAAGUUCUUUCAGAAAAAGGACCAUUUGAUAAAGGAAAUUAAUGAUGAAAUGAGGCAUUGUCACUGUGAGUUAACAUGGUCCGAAGGCAAUAGCAAAGUUACCAUCAGACCUGCGGCCACCUUAGUCAACCAAAGACCAAGAAUCAAAACCUGGCAGAAGGAUGCAUCCACAGCGCUGUCUGACAUCAGGUCUAAAUAUAAAGUUCAGUUGUUUGCAGUGGAUUCACUGGUAUGGGACAUGAUAAAAAAUGACUUAGGAGAUGACAGGGUUUGGACUGAGUUUGAUGUGCAAAAGAAGAGUCUAACCUUAGCAGGAAAAUCAGAAGAUGUCCAAGACAUUGGCCAGAAAAUAAAGAGAUUAAUAGAAAAUGCUACUGAAAAAAUUAGAAAGGAAGAACAAAGUCUGAAGGAAAAAGUGGCCGUUUCUCCAGGAAAGCAUUUUCUUUUGCAUCAGAGUGGUCUCCUGGAGGAUCUACGAAAAAAGUACCCAGAGAUGGAGAUUUCUUAUGACACAGCCACUCAUUACUUGUGCUUUAAGGGGCUCCGUGCAGAUGUGUAUCAAGUCAAGUGUGAGAUCCAGGACAAGGUGUUUGCCAUGGUUCAGAAAGGUGUUCCGUUUCCUCCUGAAAUCUUCACGUUCCUGCAGCAUGUAGACUGCCAGGAACUCUCCAAGGCUCUUUUUGCAGCACAGAAAACUCUCGGAACAUAUGAGCUGAAGGAAACAACGGUUCUCUUAACCAGCUCCUCUUCCAAUGCCCUGUUAGAGGCUGAGCAACAAAUGCACAGAGCCUUAAGUUUCAAGCGCAUUGAAGUUGAGGACAAGGAAGUUCUUAGAAGUAAUAAGUGGAAAAAGAAAAUCCACACUCUGCAAAAGAAACACAGUUCUUCCAUAGACAUUACAGUAAUGAAUGAACUAACUUCAGAAACCCCGGCCGAGGUCAUCAUUGCAGGCUUCAGGACAGAAGUAAAUGAAAUCCAUAGCACGCUUUUUGGGUUCUUGGAAAACAGCAUGAAAAUUGAGAGACUGAUUGAAAUAGAGCAAUCCUUGGUUAUGGACUAUCUAAAAUCAGACAAGAAGCUCCUCUGGCCAAAGAUAAGGAGGGCAAAUGUGCAGGUAGAUUUUGAGGCUGAAAACAAACCAAAGGGCAUUUUACUAAGUGGCUUCAAGAGCAAAGUACUAGAGUGCAUGGACAUUGUCAAGCAAUUCCAGGCUUCAGUUUGCAUUAAAAGCUUUCAUACUGACAAGCCGGGUGCCAGGCAGUUCUUCCAAGAUAAAGAGGCAUAUUACAAAAGUGAGGUCAGACGCCUUUAUGGCUGUGCCAUUGAGCUCCAGGAGAAUGGAGAGAGGAAGAGAGGCAGCAUCUCUGAGCAGAAGUGCCUUGUUCGGAGGGACGUGGUCCCUGGAGUCACGCUGACUGUACAGCAGGGAGAUCUGACUCGGUUUCCUGUAGACGUGGUGGUGAAUGCUGCAAAUGAGGACCUUCAGCAUAUUGGUGGGCUUGCCCUUGCUCUCUUAAAAGCAGCUGGGCCUGACCUUCAAGCAGAAUGUGACCAGAUAGUGCAAAGGGAUGGCAAGGUCCUACCUGGCAAUGCUACCAUCUCAAAAGCAGGCAAGCUCCCUUGCCACUAUGUCAUCCACGCAGUAGGGCCUCAGUGGAGGGGAGAUGAGGCUCCAAGGUGUGUGCACCUGUUAAGGAGGGUUGUGGAUCAAAGUCUCAUUUUAGCCGAGAAGUACAAGUGUGAGUCCAUAGCCAUCCCAGCUAUCAGCUCUGGAGUCUUUGGCUUUCCCUUAAACCGGUGUGUAUUGACCAUUGUUUCCACCAUCAAGGACAACUUCCAACAUAAGCAGAGUGGACACACCUUGAAAAAGAUUUACCUGGUGGACCCAUCUGACAAGACCGUGGGGGCCUUUGCUGAAGUUGUGAGAAAUCUAUUUGUAGACAACCGGCCCCAAAUACCUCCCAAGGUACAACCCCAGCCCCGACCAGACUCCUCACCCGGCUUAAAAGAAACGACCUCACCUGGAAAAGUGUCACAGAAACAGGGCUGUCUGGUGUCCCCAGAAGGCCUGAAAAUCCUUUUGAUAAAAGAAGGUGUGCAAAAUGCUCAGGCCCAUGUCAUUGUCAACUCCAUUCCCUCGGAUCUUGCACUCAACAAAGGACCCCUUUCUCAGGCCUUCUUGGAAAAGGCUGGGCCAGAACUCCAGGAGGAACUCAACGAAGUAGCACAAGGGUACUAUGUCAACGUGGGCACAAUUCUUUCAACCAGUGGUUGUAAUCUUCCCUGCCGCCAAGUGUUCCAUGUGGUGGCUCCGCAGUGGAAGACUAACAACACUGCAUGGUCACUAAAGAUCAUGAAAAACAUAAUCACAAACUGUCUGAAGGACACUGAGUUAUUGGCUCUACAAUCAAUUGCAUUUCCAGCAAUAGGAACAGGAAAUUUGGGAUUUCCUAAACCUGUGUUUGCUGAAUUAAUAAUUUCACAAGUGCUAAAAUUUAGUAGAAAGAAUAAACUGAAAACUUUACGAGAGGUUCAACUUCUGCUGCACCCGAAAGAUCAUGAAAACAUUCAGGCAUUUUCAGAUGAAUUUGCCAGAAGGAAUAAUGGAAAUCCUAGUAGCAAAUACCCCAAGGCUGAAGAUACACAAGGUUUCUAUGGGACUCUCUCCAGCCCUGCUUUAGGAGUGCAUGAAAUGACCAUCGGCUCCAUCCUCUUCCAAGUGGCCACUGGAGACAUCACCAAAGAAGUGGCAGAUGUGAUUGUAAACUCAACAUCAAAUACAUUUAAUCUCAAAUCAGGGGUAUCCAAAGCAAUUUUAGAAGCUGCAGGACAAAAUGUGGAAAUGGAAUGUUCUCGUAAAGCUCAACAGAACAAAAAGGAGUAUAUAAUCACAGAGGGCGGAUUACUGAAUUGCAAAAAUAUCAUUCAUGUCGUUGGUGGAAAUGAUGUCAAAAGUUCAGUUUCCUGUAUUUUGCAAGAAUGUGAACAACAGAAUCACUCAACCAUUUGCCUGCCAGCCAUUGGGACAGGAAAUGCCCAACAAGACCCACAUACAGUUGCUAAUGCCAUAAUGGAUGCCAUUGAAGAAUUUAUCCAGAAAAAAUCAGUCCAGUCUGUAAGAAAAGUUAAAGUCAUUAUCUUUCAGCCCCAUAUUCUGGAUAUUUUUCAUGAUAUCAUGAAAGGAAGAGAAGGGGCCCCAGCUUCUCCUCGGCCGUCUGUGAUAUCUAAAAUUGUCUCCCUUUUCAGCUCUCCAAAGCAAGCUCCCUGCAAAGAGAAAGUCUUGGUUCUAGAAAAGAAAAUAGAGCUGACAGUUUUCCAGGUGUGUGGUGUAGGAGAGGACAGUGUGGACUGCACAAUCUCCUGGAUACAGGAUCUGAUUAAUAAAGAGCAGCAUUCCUACACCAGUGAUGACAAGUGUAUCAAAGACUUUGAUGAAAAGGAGUGCCAGGAACUGAUUAAGCUGCAGAAGAGGCUAAACAUUACCGUUUCCCUGGACCAGAAAACACCUUUGAUCAAGGUUUCAGGAAUUAGCAGAGAUGUGUUGCAAGCUAGAGAUGAGAUUGAGGAGAUGAUCAAGAGCAUUAGAUCGGCCAAGGAAAAGGAAACCCAGGCAGACUGUGUCUAUGAGUUCGUAGAGUGGCAAUACAUCGACAAUAGCACUAUCCACCGUUUUGACAAACUCACCAACCUGCACCUGGAGAAUGCAAAGAAGGCAAAGCACAAGAGCACUGUUGUCAAAAUCAACAACCAGGACUACACAGUGAACUUGGGCACAUACACUGCCUCAGGCCCAAAUGGACACAGUUUAACCAUUCAGCGCAUUGCAAAAUCCGAAGUUGAAAUCCCUGCACACUGGACUGACAUGAAUCAGCAGGAUUUGCUCAUGGUCAAUCUGCGUACCGAUGACCCAGAAUACACCAUGGUGGCAAGCAAGUUCAAUCAGACCUGUGCAAAAUUUACCAUAGAGAAGAUUGAAAGGAUCCAGAAUCCACAUCUCUGGAAUAGCUACCAGGCAAAGAAAAAGACCAUGGAUGACAAGAACAGUCAGAAAAUAAAUGAGAAGCAACUCUUCCAUGGGACAGAUGCUGGCUCUGUGCCGCACGUCAACAGACACGGAUUUAACCGCAGCUACGCUGGGAAGAACGCUGUGUGUUAUGGGAAGGGAACCUAUUUUGCUGUCAAUGCUUCUUAUUCUGCCAACAACACGUACUCCAGACCAGAUGCCAAUGGGAGAAAGCAUAUGUACUAUGUGCGGGUACUCACUGGAAACUACACAAUUGGAAAUUCAUCAUUAAUUGUGCCUCCUUCAAGGGACCCUCAAAACCCUACUGACCUGUAUGACACUGUUGUAGACAAUGAUCACAACCCAAGUAUAUUUGUAGUGUUUUAUGACUACCAAGCAUACCCAGAGUACCUGAUCACUUUUAGAUGAUAACAUUUUUAGGUCCCUUCCCCAAAGACAUUAUUAAUACAUUUACAUGUAUCUGUUGUAAGGAAAGUUUUAGCUGUGUUUCUUCUUAAGCUUUUGCUAAGAUCACAAGAUCUUUCAUUGCCACUGACAUCAAUUUCCUCUGCUUUGCUUCCAUAAUGGAAAUGAAUCUACUUGAAAACAAAUCAAUGUGAGGAUUUAUAUCAGAUUACAGUUAUAACUACAUUCACUAGUGUGGACAUCAAAUCUGUGGAAAAAGAACAGGCUUAUAUUUUUCAGGAGGGAGAGAAUAACAGUAAGGGCACAGCCAUGUGGUUCCAGCUACCACUGUGGAAGGAGGCUCCGGAACCAUGUCAAAGUGCCACAGCUGUGGGGACACACAGUUCCUCUGAGCCAGCAGAGCUGCUACUUUCCUGGCUUCCAACUGAACAGAUUUCCUUAUAGGGAACUUCAGUCCUCACAAAGACCCCAGUGCCCUUGCACCCUGUACAAACUGGGUGCUGGGGAUGUGGCUUGUGCAAAUCUGUGUGAACUGAGCCCCAUGGAGCUGUGUAGCUCAAAAGCCCUGACUCCAAUGGCCAGAGGUCCUACUGAAUGUUGGCUCCAGUCUAUCCACUGCCCAGUGAAAUCAAUGGGAGGAUGCCCAGUACAUCUUCAGUGGAAACCCUUUCACUGUGUGAAAAUUAACUCUAAGGGCAUUAACUAGCAUACUUCCUUGGAAGCCUAGUUUGUGACAAUUUUAAAGCUUUGCGUAUAAAUAAACCAAUUAGUCAUAUUGCUAACUUAGUUUCUACUGGA